UUAAUCUUCAUUUACGUUUGGUGCCGCUUCCCUAUUGAAUUCAAAAAUGAAGCUGCUCUUAAUGUGGAUCUUCAUCGUGCUUGUCUUAGCAUUGGCCCAGGCAUCCCCUCAAUUGCUACAGCAACCGCAAGCCUCACAAUUCGCUCCGUUUACACCUUCUAGCUGUCCACAACAAAAUUAUUACUUCAAUCGGAAGGUUCAUUCGACUUGGUUUGAAGCAAAAGAUCGUUGUGCGAACAUGGGCAUGCAGUUGGCCACCAUUGAUACAAGAGAGAAAUAUUUUCACCUUCGCAUGCAACUAAAUGAUUUAGAUUUCGGCGAUGGUUUUUGGGCAUAUGGCACAAGCAUGGGCCGGGGAACAUUCUAUUGGCCAGCAACAAAACAAGAAUUUACUUUCGCUGACUGGGGCCCCAAUCAACCAGAUCAUUACGGUGGCAAUGAGGACUGUCUUGACUUUCGAAAGUACGACGGACAGUAUCGAUACAACGAUUUGAAUUGCAACAAUCGACAAGGAUUCGUUUGCGAAUAUCCACUGCCGAAUAUGACUAAAAUGAUUUUCCCCUGAAAAGAUUUCGAAAAUCGAACAAUUUUUCGAGGAACAAAAAAUCAAUUUAUAAACCCUUUUAUGAUCUUUUCAAUUUUUAAUAAAUUUGCCUUUAACAUGAUCCAAAAUAA